GGAAAUGAGCACUAAAUCCUCCCCGAGAAACCCAACGGUUGUAUAGUCUGAACAGUCAGCUUUGAGCUCCCACGCAAAAACUCAUAUAUUCACUUUCCCAGAUAGAUUAUUUCCACUUUCCAUUUUGCAUCAGAAAACCCAAAUCAGAUCAUCUUUCUUGGCAUUCCCGAGAAUGGAAGUAGCUGUAAUUGAUUGGAAGAACUUGGAUUCGAGGUUUGUGAAGGAUGACAUCCUUGAACGGUUCAAUGCUCCUCAGUGGGUGGAUUUCUCCGCCGCCGAUGGGUUCGUCGACGACGAAGCUUGGUUCUGCCGGCCCGAUUGCAAUCAUCCCAAGACUGUAAAGGAUUUCCAUAAAGCUGCAGCAACCCUAACUCCAAAGCUUCAGAAGUCAUCUGGUGUUUCUGAGAUUCCUCUUUUCAGGGAGCGAAUUCGAAGGAUGUUUGACGAUAGUGAGAAUCAGAACCCGAACACGGAGACUCCUCAUCGAUUCAAAGCUAAGCUUAUGAAGGAGGCAAUCAAGUCGAGUGCAGAGAAGAAGACUGUUGAUGAUAACUCAUUGCCAAAGGAACAACAGACUCCAAGGUUGAGAAGCACCAAUUCUGCGAGGAAUCUGUUUUCUGGUGUGGAUUUGCUUAGCCGGGUGACGGAGUUUUGUAACGAGUUGAAGAAGUUGACAGCAAGGGCUAAGGAGAAAGAGAGGAUUGGGAAUGAGACUGUGGAGAGGACUCCAUUAAUGGUGAAUAAACAGGUGGUGAAAGAGGGGUUUAGUGAUGAAAACAAAGAUUUAGCUGAGAGUGGAAAGGAGAAGACUCCACUGCUAAAGAAGAAUGAUACAAUGGGAAAGAACAUUCUCAAAGAAAAGCAGAGAAGAAGAAAUGAAAAUGCAGAAAACACCCCAAUCACCAUUGAUGUGAAGAGCGCUAAGCGGACUGGGGACGAGAGCUUAUCAUCACAAAUCCGGACAUGCCCUCCAACGCCUCAAUGUUUCUCAGCCGGAUCAACCAAAGCUACUCCACCUCCUAAGGCUUUUCGCUCAAGGCCUCCGGAGAUGAUGCAGGGAAGAGGAAUUCUCCAAGAGUUGGGAAAAAGUAGCAGGAAUGAUAGAAAGGAGGAACCUGGAAACAAGAUUAAAGAAGCUUCUUCUGCUGUGAUUGAAAGUGAAGCAAGAGGGUUAGAUGUCUUCUGGUUCUUAAAGCCCUGCACACUUUCAACCUAAAUCUGCAUACUAUAUUCUUUAAUUCUAAGAUCAUUCAUUCAUUCUUUUCUUUCUUUGUUUACUCAUAGAAAUCCUUAGAUGUUGGCUUCUUUCUGUUAUUUGAGGGAAAAUAAGUUGUAACCAACAUCUUAUAAUUCUUCGAUUUAUAAAAAAACCCG